AUGACUACAAUGACGAGUGAGCUGGAGCGAGCCCAAGUGAUCCUUGCAAGAGAGCGGCGGAGCAUCGGACUCGUCCACCGGCCUAUUCGCACCACCCUACUGUUUCUCUCCUACAGUAUCCGAGGUGUGGUACACUACACAGAGGCGGCUCUAAGUAAGCGGUUCUUUAAUACCGCCUUUUUGCCGCUGAUGGUGAUCUUGUUCCUGAUAUCGUACUAUGUGGCGCCUUCCCCUGCCGCCGCGGUGUUCUCGGCGUUUGAUUUGAACCGGGACGGCCAGGUGACUGCGGCCGAGGUGAACUCGUAUUACACCACAGUUCUGAAGCGGCGCGGAGGUGGAGACACUGCCGCCAUUGCUGCUCAGAUCGUCGGUAACCGCGAGGCCAUAAGCAUAGAUCAGUUCAGUGAAUGGUGGCAGUCCCCCACCACCGACGCGCAGCGGUACUGCGCCGGCGUUGCGAACGGCUGGUGGCGCGAGGUAGAGUACUGGCUGGCCGAUGCACUCUACUGGGUGGUGCUUGGCGUGUUGUCGUCGAUCGGCCUCGGCACCGGCAUGCACUCUGGACUCCUUUUCCUCUUUCCUCACAUUUACCGCACGUGUGCGGCGGUGCAGCGCUGCGGGAAUGCGAACUUCUGGACGUACCCCACCAACUUCUUCUACGGCCCGCGCGAACGUCUAUUCGUGUGCAUUACCCCGGAGAGUGAGCCAGAGCUCGCUGCGAGCCGGAUGUCGCUGGCACAGUACCUGGUCAAGGUGGUGCCAGCGUGCAUGCUGUGGGGUGCCGGGACCGCUAUGGGUGAGGUGCCGCCGUACGUGCUGAGCUACGCUGCUGCGUUGCAGGGUCGCCACGAGGACGAUCUGCAGGAGUCUGCCGCUCCGUAUGGCAUAAUGUCCCUCGCGACGAACUGGACGCUGCAGAAGGUGCGCCGUUACGGCUUCUGGGCCAUCCUGCUGCUGGCUGCGUGGCCUAAUAUGGCGUAUGACCUCUGUGGCAUGGCGUGCGGGCAGUUUCUGAUGCCCUUCUCCACCUUCUUCUCUGCCACUUUGAUUGGCAAGGCAGUGAUCAAGGUCAACUUACAGGCGAUCUUUUUCAUUAUUCUCUUUUCCGGCGAUGUGAUUGAGCGCAUCAUGCAAAGCGUCGGCAGCAAUGCUGCGGCACUGCUGCCUGCCUUCUUUCACGUCGAAGCAGCGAUGAAGAAGGCCCUCUACGCAGUUGUGCGGGCACGUGAGAGCAUCGCCAAGCGCGCCAAAGACGGCGACGCGUUUUCGACAGCGCCAGAGGCGGCAGGGUCGGAGUCAUUUCUUGUGCAAGCUAUGCACUGGUUCGUGGUGGGCAGCGUGGUGUGGUUCGCUAAGUCGAUUGUCGAGUCCUUCGCACGCUCAGAGCAGGAGCGCCGUGAUGAAGACACAAUCUUGGAGUUAGAGCUCGCGUUACGGCACCGAUACCAGAAUCCGGCCCCAGUGACAACAUUGGAGUUCAAGCAACUGCUUGCAGCGGCACAGUUCGAUGCUCAAAGCAGUGAGGGGGGCAUUAUGUACGCCGCGAUGCACUACACGCGACUUCUUCUGGCAAUCGCAGCUGGGCUAAUUGCGUGGGGGCUGUACAAUCAUCGAGGCAGGGCAUCUUCGCUCGGCUUCACACUUUUGCUGCACCGCUACCUCGACCAUCAACUCUCGGCAAACGCGGCAGCCCGUACGGGCAUGCGCCAGGUGCUGCGCGUGGCCCUGCUGGCAGCGGUGCUGUACGUUCACAUGUAA